AGAGGGUGGGAUGACCAUCUGGUUGAGCUCCUCAUGCAUGCGCACACACCCCUCUCCAACACUCUCUCCCACUCACUCGGGCUCACGGUUUUACAGUCUCAGCUUUGAUAUGGGCUGUGACUGCGCCGACAGCUCGCCGCUUCUGUACUGGAAUUAGAGCUCGGAGGAUCCUGCAGAGACAUGAAGGCCAGAGGCUGCUGAAGAAUCUAGGACAGGACAUAGCGGCGAUAAGAACCUUGUUCCUCCACCUUGGGACGGCCGGGCUCCACUGAGUACAAGCAGCGUUUGAUGAGCCUGGCGGGUGCAGCAUCGUCAGCGGCCGCCGUCCAGGGUGCGGCGCGCCACCGAGACCUGAUGAUGGAGCAGAAAGUCAGCAAGCUGACCUCCGGCUUCCAGCGCAGCUCCACCUCGGACGACGACUCGGGCUGUGCACUGGAGGAGUACGCCUGGGUCCCACCUGGCGUUAGGCCUGAGCAGGUCCAGUUAUACUUCUCCUGUCUGCCGGAGGAUAAGAUCCCCUACGUCAACAGUCCGGGAGAGAAGGUCAGAAUCAAGCAGCUCCUCUACCAACUGCCGCCGCAUGACAAUGAGGUGCGUUAUUGCCAGUCCCUCAGCGAGGAGGAGAAGAAGGAGCUACACAUGUUCAGCGUUCAGAGGAAGAAGGAAUCGCUGGGGAGGGGCACAAUCAAACUGCUGCCCCGCAACCCCCUUAACAAUGUUUGUGAGCACUGUGGUGAAAACAUCAGCGGUGGAGAAAUGGCAGUGUUUGCCUCGAGGGCAGGCCCCAGGCUGUGCUGGCACCCCGCAUGCUUUGCCUGCUCCACAUGUAAUGAACUGCUGGUGGACUUGAUCUACUUUUACCAUGAUGGAAAGAUCCACUGUGGAAGGCACCAUGCUGAGCUACUCAAACCUCGCUGCUCAGCCUGUGAUGAGAUUAUCUUUGCAGAUGAGUGCACGGAGGCAGAAGGCCGCCAUUGGCACAUGAAGCACUUUGCCUGUUUUGAAUGUGAGACCAUUCUGGGAGGCCAGCGCUAUAUCAUGAAGGACGGCAGACCAUACUGUUGUGGCUGCUUUGAGUCUCUCUAUGCAGAGUACUGCGAGGCCUGUGGAGAGCACAUUGGGGUUGAUCACGCUCAGAUGACAUAUGAUGGGCUCCACUGGCAUGCCACCGACAGCUGCUUCAGCUGUGCCCAGUGCAAGCGCCCCCUGCUGGGCUGCCCCUUCCUGCCCCACCACGGUCGUAUCUACUGUUCCAAGGCCUGCAGCCUUGGGGAAGACGUGCAUGCCUCUGACUCCUCAGACUCUGCCUUCCAGUCGGCCCGUUCACGAGAGUCCCGCCGCAGCGUGCGCAUGGGCAAGAGCAGUCGCUCAGCCGACCAGUGUAGACAAUCGCUCCUCUUCUCACCCUCCGUGAACUAUAAGUUCCCCGGCUUCAGCGGAAACACGGAGGACACUCUGACCAACAAGCUGGCUCACAUGAACUUAUCAGAUGAGCAUUUCUGGCGAGGUCGAGGCGAGGAAACCGAGGCACCAGAGAACCAGGAGGAGGAGUGGGCUGAGCAUGAAGAUUACAUGACUCAGCUGCUAUUAAAGUUUGGAGAGCAUGGUGUCUUCCAGCAAGCCAGCGACUCCAGACCAACAGAUUUCUGGAUCGCAGAACAGGAUGUCAAGUUGAAGCAGGAGUCUUCUAAGGCUGUUAGUGGUAGUGGGGAAGUAAGGGGGAGUCUUGUCAGUAAAAAAUACCAGGCUGACAUGUACUGGACUCAGUCACAGGACGGUCUAGGGGACUCUGCCUAUGGUAGCCACCCAGGACCAGCAAGUAGUAGAAAGAUCCAGGAGCUGGAGCUGGAUCAUGGGGCUGGAGGAGGCUUCCAGGGAGAGGAGCCUCAGUGGUAUAAUGACUCUUUGGAGUGUAUCACAGAUGAGUUCAAGAAAACAGAACAGAAUGUCAGAGACUCCAUGGACUCACUGGCUCUGUCCAAUAUUACUGGUGCCUCAGUAGAUGGUGAUAGCAAAGACAGACCCUUGAUAUAUUCCCUGCAAGGUUUCCAUGACCUGGAGACAGAAGACUGUGAGAAAACCAGUAAUAUGGGAACACUCAACUCCUCUCUGCUACACAGAAGUACAAACUCUCUGAAGAGUCUCGUAUCUGAGCAGGAGGAAGAGGUAGAAGUGAAUGUUCCAGUAGUGGAGCAGGUGGCUCUGCAGGAGGAUGGGCCCAAAGCUCACGUCCCCGUCCUCAGAAGGACGCGGUCACAGUCCAGGCCUCAGCAAGUCAAAUUCUCUGAUGACGUGGUGGACAACGGCCAUUAUGGCAACCUGCCAGUGCGCCAGGCCCCUAUGAGCGAAAGGACUCGUCGGAGAGUGUACCACUUUGAGGAAAAGGGUCAAGAACUGCACUCUGGUCACCGCCAUCAUCAUCACAGGAGGCGUCGCAGUCGUAUCUCACGCUCUGAUAAUGCUCUCAACCUUUUACCUAAGGAGAGGGCAAAAAUGUCCUAUAGAAUGGACCAAAGAGGAAAUGACCGCAACCCCAACGGGCACCAAGCCUUUCAUGGACAACGCAGUCCCGCAGCUAUGUCUGAGUAUGGGCUACAGGGUGCAGCCAUGGGGAGGUUCUUGGGGAUAUAUGGGGAUGAAGAUGAUGACUGGUGCUCUACAUGCUCUUCUUCCUCCUCUGAUUCUGAGGAAGAGGGCUUUUUCUUGGGUCAGCCCAUUCCCCAGCCCAGGACCCACAGACACUUCUACACUGAUGAUCUGCCCAGCCCUGCAGCAGGCAUGUCUUCUCCUCCUUAUGGUCAAAGGACUAAGUCUAAAAAGAAGAAAGGGCACAAGGGGAAAAACUGUAUAAUUUCCUAGACCUAGACUUUCAUUAACUGCUUAUCUUUGGCUUUGGGUUAUGCUUUAUCACUGACUUCUGCCUUUUGUUCACCAUUUAAAAUGCAACACCAACUGCUUGCUAUUGAAUCCUUUACAGAACUCAAUUUACUGAGGUAUUUGUGUAAGACACAAGUCCAUAUUCCAAUUAGUUGUAGAUGCUGCACAGCAAACUACCAUUUGGUAAUAAUGGUAGUUUCAAAAAAAAGUUUUUGAGUGAUGCAUAUUUAUAAAACACCACCUAAACUGUGCUUAUUUAACGUUGCAGAUAUUAAUGUAUAUAUUGUAGAAUUAAAAACAAAAUGGCUAUUUUUAUACCCUUGAGUUGCUGAUAUACCGUGUACCACAACAUUUAACUAUUGGCAUUUGGUACCAAACCAUUUCUCUAUUAGAGGUGAAAUUUGUUGUGACCCAAGCUCUUCAACUGUGUUUCCUUUUUGGCUUGUGCACCUCACACACUAAUUUUAAAAAACACAUUGUGUAUUACGAUGUAUUUAUAGAUUACUAAACUGUAAGCAAAUCAUUGUAACCUGUAUAAAUGUACAAACUGGUAUAUAAAGGUCGAAAUAGAUUACAAAUGUAAUAAAAAUAUCUAUAUAUCA